GUCUACAAAUUUGACAAUUUGAGUCUGGUUAUUCAAACCAAAUAAUCGAAGCACACACAGAUCAGGUAUACUUAAUAUACUCUUUAUAUACCGCGGAUAAAUAUAUAUGGAAAUAUACAUACACGAAAGGGUAGAAGUUUAUGAUCAGGGAUUAAUAUUAGAAGAACAACGAGAUUCACACUUCGAGGCGAUUGUAAAGUCUUGAAAUUAAUUAAGGAUCGUGAUUUUAAACGCAUUUCGGCAGGUAGUCCACACUGAAACACAGCUGUUGCAGGGUCAGACAGGUAAGAGGGUUUUAUGGGGCUUAACAGGUACACUUGAAUAUUCCAAUCUAGCUUGGACCACUAUCCAUUAAAGUUGUAUAUAACUCAACUUCACAACACAACGGGCUACAGUCAAACUGAAACAUUCGAAAUGUCACGUCGCUGUCAAUCGCGCUUCAUCUUUGAGAUGACAGGAAACACGAGGAUCUUUCGUCACCAGCGUAUGAUCAACAACCAGAUUAUCAACUGCCCGACCUGUCAUAGUCUCGUCGGAGCAAAUGAGCCCUACAGCCAUCAUUGGUUGGGGAGCCAAGAUGAUCAGCACAUCAACUUGGGCUUGGACGAGAAGCAACUGCUGAAACGCAUCGAGCGGGAGCGUAUUGAAACAUUUUUGCUGUGCGAUGAGAGUGCAUUGGAUCGCACCAAUGAGUUUUUAUUGGAGGCUGGCAUAGAAGCCAUACCACAGCUACUGCGUUUUCUGAUUUAUGAGGCAAGCCGGCUGGAGUUGACUGUUGGGUUCUAUGUGAAUGUGUCCAAGCAGCACAUGUACUACGAAAGCACUCCUGUAAAAAUAGACCAUCAUCUGGAUAUAAAGGAGACGGUGGACAUGGUGUUCUCAAUAUUGCUGGAGAAGAUUAGCAGCUUUGUGCUAGUGCAGCAACGCGUUCCAUUUGAGGCAUGCACCAUAAAGCGCUUGAAAUUGACUGUAAAGCGCCAAUUGCAAGGACAACAACAGAUCCCAUUACAAUACCGUGUAAAAUCCGAUACACGUUAUACGGAUAACAAAAACACGACAUGUGUAGACCUUGAGCUCCUCUCAAAGAGCUUUAGAAGCUAUCACGGCCAACGCUUUGGCCACUUUCCAGUCUCCCUGAAGGUAAAUCUCUAUUGCUUGCGUGUCUGUGCUAGCACCAAGGAGCUCUAUGCGGUGCCAUACCUGCUCAGGAGCGAAGAUGUCAACACUACGCCCACAUUUCUCAUACUAACUGAUGUAGCUGGAGAAUUUCAAGGCAUGCACGAGAUAAGAAAUGUGCGUCGGUUUCUCAAAGCAGAUACAAGGGAUCAUAUGCUCGAGUGUCGCCAGUGCAAGUCACAUUUUGCAGAUCGGUUACAGUUUGCUCUGCACAAACAAAUCGAUUGUGGAGGUGGCUUUAUGAUUUGGCAGAUAAAUCCAGAGUCAGUGGAGCUGUAUGAGAAUUGUUUGUUGUUGCCCAAACAGUAUUUUAAGUUCGCAUGGUUUGGCAUUAGAAAUUAAAUAAUUCAACCGAUAAGUAAAUUAUUAAAUAUAAUAAAUUUAACUAAUAAACAAUAAAACAGAAAAUGUUGCAAAUUCAAUUUGAAUAUUUGAAAUAGUGCAUCAUCGCGCCAAUAUAUCGAUAGCUUCGAUAACAAAAUGUAAAUUGAAUGGCAAACGCCUAUCGCCAGCCCUGGCAACGCGCCUCAAGUGCGGCACGAUUUUGUGAAUGGCCAAAACACAAGCCUCAUUUGCUCUGCAAGAUCGAAGCUAUAGAAACAAAUUGAACGUUCAACUCGAAAACAUGAAUCCCCUGGAUAAGAUACAUGCACUGGACGAGAUUGAGAAAGAUAUUAUACUUUGCAUGCAGAGUGCAGGGCAAGCGCUGCAAGAGCUCGGCAAG